GUUUCGAUUUGAACCGUAAACACGGUGAACCGGCGGUUCGAACCGGAUACAGUUGCAAAAAUCAAUUUCGGGUCAACACUAAACAUUUCUUCUGAUCAGCUUGCUCGUAAUCCUCACUCUUGAGAAACCCUAGAUGGAUCGGGAAUCGCUCGAGAAGAGACCCGCGAUCUUCGUUGUCGGAUCCCCCAGCGUCGGUAAACGUACUCUGCUUUCGAGAUUGCUUAAUGUCGAUUUCGAAGAUGCACCUGAUACAUCAUCUGAGUUAGUUGUUCAUGGGUGGACAAUCGACACAAAGUAUUAUGAGGCAGAUGUUUCGGUAUGGAUGGCUCAUAUCACUGAUCAGACUUCGAUUGCAAGCCUACCGAUUGUUGACCGAAUAGUUGCCUUGGUGAUGGUUUUCGACGUCAGUGAUCUGUCUUCUCUAGUUUCUCUUAAAGAAUGGGUGUCUCGCACGGACAUUCAGAGGUUUGAUAUACUGCUGUGCAUUGGUAAUAAGGUAGAUCUUGUUCCUGGCCAUUCUGCUCACGCAGAAUACAGGAGACGAUUGAUGAAACAAAGCGAGUCCUCUGCUAAUCCUGAGACAACCAUCUCAGAGUAUGGUAUAUCUGAAAAUGAAGGAAGCAGUUUAUUGGGAGAGGAAUCGUCGUCGUGGGAAUUUAAGAGAUCGUGUGUGGAAUGGUGUCUUGAACAUAAUAUCGAAUAUGUGGAAGCUUGUGCAUCGAAUGUUGAUUUUGAUCGAUGUCUGUCUGUAGACGGCGAUUCGCAGGGUGUUGAUAGACUUUAUGGUGCUCUCUCUGCUCACAUGUGGCCGGGAAUGGUGUUGAAAUCUAGUGACAAGAUAAACGAACCUACAUUGCCCGAACAAGAAGAGGUGUCGGAAGAAGAAGAAUCUGAUUUUGAGAUCGACUAUGAAGUACUCUCUUCUGGCUCGGCAGAACCAUGGGAUGAUGUUGGGUGGGUAUCAGCAGAUGGCCCUGUUUCUGCCUCAGAAAUCGGGAGGUCAGUGGAAUGGAGCUCUGAAACCAUAAAUCGGGAGGAUAGAAGCAAAUCAGGCGCACAAGAGGACCAGCCAUCGACAUCUGCUUCUCAAUUACCGGAACAUGACCAGAAAAAAACAACAAUGGUGGAUGAAGCCGACAGCACUUCAGAACCCGAUGAAGAAAAAACUCAUGAUUUUGAGGAUUUGGAAAAGCUAAUGGCUGAAAUUGGUAACAUGCGAAGUGGCUUGAGAUUGAUGCCCGAUUUCCAGAGGAGGGAAAUGGCUGCAAAGCUGGCACUGAAAAUGGCCACAAUGUUUGGGGACAGCAGCGGCGGCGAGGAGGAUUCAGUCGAAGAGUUUGAAAAAGCUUAGCUAUAUCUCAACCAAAAAAUCACAUCCCAAUCAAGUUAUGAAAAAAAAAGAGAAAAAACCGAUUGUGCGCGAUGAUUGGCAGCUUAAAUCUUCAAAUUUAUUUUGGUGCCAUUCCAUCACAGGUAACAUCCCCAUUUACGCCAUUUUUUUUUUUUUACUUUACGCCGUAUGUGAAAUUUGCAUGAAGUUUUUUGGGGCUAGCGAGUUUAGUCAUCUUUCAUUAAUAUAUUGAUCUUCUUGGAAGCAUGCUAUAGAGUGACUUUAUAGUAUUCAUUGGUUGUGCAUUUGAUUGGCGAAUUCUUUAGGACCAAUUAAGUUUCUUGUUGCAAGGCAACAAAUAGAGACAUGGAAAAAUGAACUUGUGAUUUUGUAGAUAAUGCGUGUAAGUAUGUUGCCUGAAUUUGUUGAAGCACAUCACUUGUCGACUCCCGAUAUUAUGGUUAUGGUUAGAUAGAAGUUUACGGAGUUUUGGAGUAUUUUGAAAAUAGUAAAACUAUGAUUAUUUGAUUCGAUAUUUUGUCAGAGGAAAUAUGCAUUUGAUAUAAUCAGACUAUGCAUGUCUUUUUGGUUUUGUUGUAGCUCUAUAGUCUUAGGUUUUUCUUGAUGUUACUUGGCAUGUUAAGAGUUUUGGGGGCUGCUGAAAAUUGAGAUGAAAUAGAGGGGCGAAUUUAUGUUAUUUUUGUAAUAAAGGGGUAUUUAUGAAAUAGCUAUUAGAAUAUUUGAAAUGUUAAGGGUGUGUUUGUUUGGGGGUUUGGAUUUUGGACUGGGAUUUAGAAUAAUAAAAAUUUUGAAUUUGAACAGUUGUA